AUCCCAUAAUUUAGCUCAUACAAAAGUUAGGCCCACAUUAGCGACGUUUUAACGUGGUAUACCAUCCAAAUAACAUAAUUAAUAUAAAAACACAUCAUUCUCUGAAGUUUUAUAUCAUUUCAAGAUGUUAGUAAUUGUAAUAACCCUUUCUAAUCUGUGAGAAGAAGAAUUAUGUGAUUAAAAUGUAACCUUAAAAAUUUUAAAAUUAUUAUCAUGGAAAAUGAAAAUGCUAAAGAUUGUAAAGAAGAAAAACCCAAAGAAGUUGAAACAAUACAAAAUCAAUGGAUGAUUAGAAGAUGUUUUAUUUAUGAUGAAGAAUAUAGUGAUUGUACUUCAUUGAGAGCUAGAUUUAACCAGUAUUUCAUUUUUGGUAAAACAUUAGACUGUUCCCAAUGGAAAAGAGAUUCUGUUAAUUGUUAUAAAUGGGAAAACAAUAAAGAUAUCAAUGCAGCUAAUGAGCUAGUACAAAGUGAAAAACAAAGAAGAAAAGAAAGGCUCUUAUCACAUUAUAGCAAUGAUGUUUGGAAAAGAAGACAGUCACCUCCAGAUAAUUGGAAUGCCCCACUGCCAGAUUAUAUAAAAAAGGAUUACGAUCAAAGUUACCUCAAUAUUAAAUCUAAAGAAAUGAAAGGAGAAAUACCACCUUCAUUUGAUACAAACUUUAAGUGUAGUAUAAUGUGAUUUCUAUUAAAUUUAUUAGUUAAUAGAAGUAAAUGUACUAUUUAAUAGAGA